UCUCAUCAUCCAAGACACAAACCAACAUAAAGAUCGAAAUGGGAAGCCUAGGCAGUUUGAGGCAAUGGCCUCAAUUUGUCUAUGCUUUGGUAUUUUGCUUAGCAGCAACUAGUGUUGUUGCUAAUACGCCUUAUAUUUAUGCUUCACCACCUCCACCUCCUUAUAUUUACAAGUCUCCACCACCACCAUCACCAUCUCCACCACCACCACCUUACGUUUACAAAUCGCCACCUCCCCCAUCACCAUCGCCACCACCUCCUUAUAUUUACAAAUCUCCUCCUCCACCGUCUUCAUCCCCGCCACCACCCUAUAUGUACAAAUCACCACCUCCUCCAUCACCAUCACCGCCACCUCUGUAUAUUUACAAAUCUCCACCUCCACCAUCUCCAUCGCCACCACCACCCUACUACUACAGGUCACCUCCACCGCCAUCUCCAUCUCCACCCCCACCUUAUUACUAUAAGUCACCACCUCCACCAUCUCCAUCACCCCCUCCACCAUAUUAUUACAAAUCACCACCACCACCACCUUCUUCGUCUCCUCCUCCACCUUAUUACUUCAAGUCACCACCCCAUCUCCACCACCACAAGUCACCACCACCACCAUCGCCAUCACCUCCACCACCCUAUUAUUAUAAGUCACCACCCCCACCAUCUCGAUCACCACCACCACCAUACUAUUACAAAUCGCCACCUCCACCAUCUCCUUCUCCACCACCUCCUUACUACUACAAAUCACCACCACCUCCAGUGAAGUCACCACCUCCUCCAUACAUCUACAAAUCCCCACCUCCACCAGUGAAGUCACCACCACCACCCUACUAUUACAAAUCACCACCUCCUCCAGUUAAAUCACCACCUCCACCUCCAUACUACUACAAAUCACCACCUCCUCCAGUUAAAUCACCACCUCCAAUGAAGUCACCACCUCCUCCAUACAUCUAUAAAUCCCCACCUCCACCAGUGAAGUUACCACCACCACCACCCUACUAUUACAAAUCACCACCUCCCCCAGUGAAAUCACCACCUCCACCUCCAUACUACUACAAAUCACCACCUCCACCAGUUAAGUCACCACCACCACCCUACUACUACAAAUCUCCUCCUCCACCAUCUCCAUCACCACCACCUCCGUACUACUACAACUCACCACCACCACCGCACCAUUAUUAAGUCAACCACUGCCACCUAUGCCUCGACCCAUACUAUUUAAGGCCUGCAGAUUAAUUAAUAUUGCAUCAGCUUGAAUUUCAACAAGAAUAAAUAAUUCCAUUUUUUGAAGUUGUUUUUGAAGGCAUUUGUGGCAUUGUUUUUCAAUUUUUAAUUUAAACAAGUUUAUUUGUGAAUAAGAAGUCCCCACAGUGGAGAUACUUCUUUGCGUAAUUUUUUUGUUUUUGUUUUUGUUUUGUGCAAAGUUUUCUUUUCACUAUCAGUUUAUUGUAAUAAGCAAUGAAACGAUGAAUUUCAAAUGCUAAGAGUAGCCUUAUUGUGCUUAUCUAAGUUGUACCUUCUGUUACCAUGAGAAUCCCUUAAUUUCUCAAUAA